CGGACUUUGGAGUGUCUGCCAAGAACACAAAGACCAUCCAGCGAAGAGACUCUUUCAUUGGAACGCCUUACUGGAUGGCCCCAGAGGUUGUAAUGUGCGAGACGUCUAAGGACAGGCCGUAUGACUAUAAGGCUGAUAUUUGGUCUCUAGGAGUCACUCUGAUCGAGCUGGCCCAGAUCGAACCGCCCAACCAUGAGAUGAACCCAAUGAGAGUUCUGCUCAAGAUCGCCAAAGCUGAUCCACCAGCUCUCCAGCAGCCUUCAAAAUGGUCUCCUGAGUUUAAUGACUUCCUGAAACACGCGCUAGAUAAGAAUGUGGACAACAGGUGGAGCACAGCACAGCUACUUCAGGUGAACUGACCUGUCCCACAUUUAUUCCAGCAUUUGAAAUCUGAGACCACAUCCACACAACCUUGACCUAAGCUGAGCUAGUAUUGCAGCAGCCUCUCAGUGUAAAAGCCCCUUGUUUACUAUCACCCUGGUCUGCUGCUCGUCCAGGUGGCCUUUCUUGCCCCAUGAAUCAGCAGCUGUUCAUUUAUAAGUUUGUCUGUGUCAGGCACUUUCUGCACCAGACUUCAUCCUAAGAAUUGACGUCAGCAAAGGAGAUUUUCUUUCCGAGGCUUUAAGUAGGCCGGCCUGACACUGACUGCGAACAGAUACACACACGCUCAGUUACGAAACGUUGCAGGUAGAGGCUGAAUGGGGAUGAAAACACAGAGCUCGAGUUUUCCUCCAAUUAAGGUGAUAAUAUCAAAGAAGCUGCACAUUCUCAGACCAGCUAUAGACUGUCUGCAGCAGGUCUCAAAACCAAGAAAGGUAAGAAAUGGAGACUAGGAUCCUUAUGGGACAUUGAUUUUGUUGUGCUUGUUGUCCUCUUGUCUGGUUCAGGCUUCCUGUUUGGCCUGUCUUUUGACAACGCAAUAAAUCUUAAUAGUCUUAAAUUAGGCCUUAUUUUCUUAAUGCCAGAUAGUGAUGUACAGUAUAUCAGUACCAUAUUAGUUUUUUUAUCAGACAAUAUUUGGCAAAUUUUUUUAUUUUAUUGGCUAUUUAAUUGUGGAGGCUCA